AUGUUUGGAAAGACAAGCCUUCUUUUCCUCGCUGCAGCAGCAGGACUGCGCGUCGCACAAGCCGACUUCUUCGUGUAUACUGAGCCGCCCAUUCCAACGACUGCGAUUCCUUCGUUUGCCAACCCGUCAGAAGCCUCCAGCUGGACAACGUUUGUCUUCCUCAACGCGCAAAUAGCCUACGGCCGCUUCCAAAGCUCGCUGGGCCCGUCCUACAAGUCUUCCCAGUCAUCCGCUGCUUCCGAAAUCGCCGCCUUCGCCAGCACCGCAUCAAACUACAGCAUCCCAGCUGUCGUAACCGAGUCCGGCACGACGACCUUCUUCUCGCGACCAGACUGGUAUACGGCGCUGCCGAGCGGCGCGCGGUCGUUCAAAGAACAGCAGGUCUCGGAUCAGUUCAGUAUUGUGCGGAGUAUCGUUGACGCUAGCGCUUCGAGGACAGCAAGUUCGACAGCGGGCGCUGCACCGACGGCACGGGCUUGGGUAGAUGCCAAGUUUGGGGCUAUGGCGGCUGUUGCGGCUGCUGCGUUUCUAUAA